AUGAUCCUGUCAAACAUGUUGGAUUUACGACUGGCUCUGUUGCUGACGCUUUUUGCAACAAUAGAAUUCGUGAACACGUUAAAGGACGUACGCGUGAGUGUACCGGCAGCCAUUCGACGCGGUGAUAACGCAAAUCUGAUCUGCCAUUACGAUAUGGAAGGUGCCGCACUGUAUUCUGUCAAGUGGUACAAAGGAAAGCGGGAGUUCUUCCGCUACACACCCAAGGAAAAUCCAUCGCUAAAAGCGUUUCCUGUACUAGGAAUCACGGUAGAGCGCUCUCUAUCUAAUGGAAGUUAUCUAAGACUAACCGCAGUAGAGCCGACGAUGUCCGGAAAAUAUAGCUGCGAAGUAUCCGCAGACUCGCCUUCUUUUCAUACAAUGAUCGUUUCUAGCGAAAUGGAAGUUGUUGAUAUUCCAAUUAGUAAACCACACAUUACUGGUCUUAAAUCGUUCUAUCGAAUCGGUGACCUACUAACAGGCAAUUGUACAUCAUCCAACUCAAAGCCAGCGGCCAAUCUAACUUGGUUUAUCAAUAGUAAUGAGGUAAACCCAAAACAAACAGUGCCAUAUCACGUUUGGAAGAAUCCAGACACGGGAUUAGAAACUGCAACGCUUGGAUUAUUCUUCCACAUUACACAGCAUUAUCUCGGGCGAGGUAAGCUAAAGUUCACUUGCAUUGCUAGGAUUCAUAACAUCUACGAGCAGCGCACGGAGCGGUACGUAGAAGAUGAGCAACCGAGCAUCCUAGCAUCCGCUUCAGUUUCGCCACCACUUGGAAUGAGUGUAAAUUAUAUUCACUCGCUGUACGACCAGUUUCCGGCGUCUUCCUAUCAUCACCAUGAUCACGGUGGCGGCGGGGGUGACUUUGACAAUCAAAACAGUGACGCUUACAUGACACAAUUACAAGACAUGUCGUCGUCAUCCGCCAGCUUCAGCCGGACACGAUGGCCAAUGACCAUCUGCAGCCGGCGGCAACCAUUGCCACCACUUCUAUUGCUAAUACCAGCUCACAGUGUUAUUAUGCAAAUGGCAUUUUCAAUACUGCUGCCGUUGCUACGAGCCAUAUUUGAUUGUGUCAACCAGCGGACGGCCAGGAAGAAACACUCCAGCAGCACCAGCAACAGCGCUAGCAGAAGUUGCGGUGGACUUCAACAGGAUCUAAUCAGCAUUUUGCCAAAGUCCUUCUCCUGA